UACAUAUUUAUAAUAGGUUUUUUUUUCCUUGCCCUUUCAAUGACUUUGAAAGAUGCAUAUGUGUGGGGAAGGAAAAUUUGAAUUGGAAAAAAAAUUUAAAUGAUUAAAAAAAAAAAAAAACCUGCCUAAAGGGCCAUCAAAGGACAAAGGUAGCCAACUUGUGCUUUUUGACCCAAGAGAACAGAACUAGAAGCAAUGGAGGACAGUUAUAGGGAAGCUAAUUUCAAUUUCUGGCUUAAUUUUUUUUUAAAUAAAAUUUUAUUGUUCCCUUUUUCUAUUACUUAAAAAUUUCCCCAGUUUCAGAUUAAUAAAGCUUGAGAUGCUCCUUGGACUAUAGAACAUGAUAUCUGAGAAGAGCUUUUAAAAAACAAAAUAUCAGCACAAGGAGAACUCUUAGAAUAGAGGAUGUCAGUUGGGAGGGCCCUUAGAACCCGAAUGUCAGAGCUGGGAGGGCCCUUAGAACCCAGGAGGUCAGAGCUAGGAGGGUCCUUGGGACACGGGGUUUUGGAUUUGAAAUUAACAGAUCAUUUAAUCAGACUCCUUGUUUUACAAUUGCAGAAUUAAGACCCAGAGAGAAGUGACCCUUCCAAACCCACUUAUUCCUACCGUACGCCUAAGGUUUUCUCUCACUGAGUCUGCCCUCCUUCUCUCUUGCCUACCAGGAUAUCAUGCGAUCACUGAAGAGAGCAUGCACUCAGGCGUUGGUCCUCCUGCCUUUAACUGUUGGGCUCCUAUUUUUCCUUUUCCAUGACCAAGCCUUACAGCGUCCCUACAUGAACCGUUGGCAAGGUUCAGAAACCCUCAAGCCCCAGCACCAAAAGGUCCUGGCGUUGCAGCAGCAGCAAAAGGUCUCAGAGACCCAGCCCCCCACCGUGUUUCAACGCCCUCUGGAACCUUGUUUUGCCAAUGAUUCUGUGGCCAACAUGUCUGGCUUUGCGGCCGAACCCCAGAACAUCCAGAACUUCCUCCUUUACAAACAUUGCCGGGAUUUCCCGAUCCUCCAGAAUGUCCCCCCAAAUAAGUGUACAAGGUCCCCCGGGGCCUUGGGUUCUCCCUUCCUCCUUCUAGCCAUCAAGUCAUCUCCUAAGAACUACGAGAGGCGGGAUCUCAUUCGCCGGACAUGGGGAGAGGAGAGGGAGGUCAGGGGAGCCACCAUCUGCCGGCUCUUCUUGGUGGGCACAGCGUCUGAUGUCCUGGAAGCUCAGAAAGUGAACCGGCUCCUGGCCAUAGAGGCCCAGGCUCAUGGUGAUAUUAUCCAGUGGGAUUUCCAUGACACUUUCUUCAAUCUGACCCUGAAGCAGGUCCUCUUUCUCGAGUGGCAGGCUCUCCACUUGCCUGAUGCUUCUUUCAUCUUCAAUGGUGAUGAUGACGUCUUUGCUCACACGGACAACAUGGUAGUCUACCUGCAGGGCAACGAAGCAGACAAGCACCUGUACGUAGGACACGUCAUCAGCAAUGUGGGGCCCAUCCGAAUACCAUGGAGCAAAUACUUCAUCUCCAAGAUGGUGAUGAAGGAAGAGAGGUACCCCCCCUAUUGUGGAGGCGGUGGGAUCCUGAUGUCCAGAUUCACAGCCCGGGCCAUCCGGCGUGCCUCCCACGCCAUCCCUCUCUUCCCCAUUGAUGAUGUCUAUCUGGGCAUGUGCCUGGAACAUGAAGGGCUGGCCCCAGCCAGGCACAUGGGGGUCAGGAUGGUCGGGGUUCAAUCGCCAUCCCCCCGCAUAGGGUCCUUUGACCCCUGCUUCUAUCAGGACCUGCUGCUGGUUCAUCGCUUCUUACCCUAUGAGAUGCUCCUGAUGUGGGAUGCCCUCAAGAAGCCAGAUCUGAAAUGUAGCAAGUCAGUCCUGGCUACCCCGAGUAAUUGAGGGCUGGUCUGGAGGACUAGAGGAUCAGACCCUGAAGAGACUGAGACAGCACGUAAUAACUCAGAGCAAACCAGGACAGAAAACCGCCGCGUCAACAUGUGACCUUGGCCAAAUCAUUUCUCUGAAUCUGAAGCAGCUUUCUCCUGUGUAAAAUGGGGAGCGCACUGGACAUGACCUACCUCACAGGGCUGUUGUGAGGAACACAUCUUGUAAGCUACAGAAAUGUGAAUUUUCACGGGGGGUUGGAGGGAACAUUGAGUCUCUGUGGUACGCCCAACUGGCAUGACCUUGGAUGAGUCCCUCUCCUAUAUCCUACCUCGAUUUCCUCAAUCAGCAGAGUGGACAGAGUCCUUCCCCUAGGCUGCAGCGAGGGUGAGAGAAGGAGGGAAAUGGCUUUUCUACACUCUCAAAAAGUGAGGAAGGAGGGAAACAAGCACUUAUCUAUUAUGUGCCAGGCAUUGUACUAAGUCAUUUAUCAAAUAUUAUCUCACUUGAUUCUCACAAGCAAAUGCUUGUGAAUUCCUUAAUUAAGGGAAGAAAACCCCUAUUUUACAGUUGAGGAAACUGAGGCAGGCAGCGGUUAAGUGACUUGUCUGGGGUCACACAGCUAGUAAAUAUCUGAGAGCAGAUUUGAAUUCAGAUCCAGUUCUCUCUCCUCUACGCCACCUCGCUUCCUCAAAAGGCUGCAUGUGGCUUCUCCCUUCCUCUCUCAGGGGUGAGAUCAGGAGAGGCUCUGGUCAUCCCCCUGCAUCACUCUGAAACCCGAGGAGCUGGGAAAAGAAUGGGGCCACAGAAGGCAAGCUCUGCAGAGCCUACACCGUCUUCCCCCCUAAUUUGGGCUGAGGAUUGUUUUUUCUGUGGAGUUUAUUCAGAGAUCCAGAGGACAGAUAUGAGCCUCUCUCUUCCCUCACUUAAAUCCCUAAGGAAUUUUGACUCCUAUCCUUAGAAUGCUGCUCUUCCACUCCCCACCCAGAACCCCCUGUCCUUUUUCAAGAACGUGAACUAACAUUUAUUAAUUAUCUGCUAAGAGCUAAAAGAGUUGAGGGUGGGAAGGAAAAAAAAUCCAUCCCUGCCCUCAAAGAAUUUCUUGUAGAACUGGGGGUAUGGAGAUUCUUUGCCUUAGUUGCUACCUAGGCUUAAGCAUUGAAUGGGUGUUGCCUAAAUCGAACUGAAACCCAUUGAAAACAUUAGCUUAAAAAGGCCAAAGUCUUCCAUUGCAUCCUGGGCCAUCUCCAAUUGUCCUGAUCUCUAUCUGGCCACUGGGCCCAGAGGUCUCUGGGGAGGGAAAGUGAGGCUAGGGACCUUGCCCAGCCCUCCCUCACCUCAAUCCAAUUCACUUGCACGUCAGGGCAUCACCUCCCUGAUUUCUUGGUCUUCUUGGAGAACAAAGGACAAAAUCCACAAUGUAAAUCACUAGAUAAACAUGAGAGACAGAUUGGCUGACAGGGAACUUUAGAAGGGGAAACACGGGAUGGGGCUGGGGGCUAGGAGAGGGGGGCCUGAGAAUGGCCUCUUGCUUAAGGUGGAUUUUUGAGCUCAGUCUUAAGAGAAUCCAGGGGAACUAAGAAGCAAAAGAGGGAGGGUGCCUGGUAGUCAUUGUCAAGAAAAGGCCCUAGAAUUGGUGAAAAAGUGUGAGAAAAUGCCGGCCUUAGGAAGGGGCUAGGUUGGGAGGAUACCUUUGACAAUGCCACUGGAUUAGCUGCUCGCCCUAAAUGGGGGUAGAUUGGAGCAGCAGAUUUGGAGUGAGAAGAUCUCAUGAAGCCCGUUUUUAACAGGGACUGCUUCAUCUGACUGGGCCAGUUGUGCACUGAUUAACCUAAGAUCAUGAUUAUAAUUUUCCAGCAAAUGGGAACUUGAAGGUUAUCUCUUCCAGAGCCUUCAUUUUGUGGGAAGGCCUUGAAGUUAUUUGAUUGUAGCCUAAAGGCAGAAAGAUCUCAGAAGCUUUUGAAACCAGCCCCUUCCUGAAAAAAACUUGGAUCAUGGGUGAUGACCCAAUGAAGGAAAGACCAAGACUUUAAGUGUGAUAUGUCAAGUCUCCUUUAAAAUAUUCUCUCAGGUUAUCCACAUAAUCCUGGAAUGUUACUGAUAUUAUGAGCCCCAUUUUGCAGAUGGGGAAAUUGAGGUACAAAGCCAGCCAGUCACACAGGUAGCAAGGUCUGAGGUCUGAUUUGAACUCAGGGCUUCUGGACUUCAGAUCAAGGUCAGUGUCCACUGGACUACCUAAUUAGCAAAUAACCAGGCUGGACUUACAUAGGUAGUAAUUAAAAAGGCCUGAAACACAUCCAGGUCCUCUCAUUGUAAAUCCUAUAUUCCUUCCACAAACCCAUGACUAGGCAAUCUUUCUUUUCUCAAAACUUAUUUUCCCAUCUGCAAAAUGGAUGAGCUUGGACUAGAUGUGUUCCCAUCUGCAAAAUGGGUGAGUUUGGACUGGAUGGGCUUUUGAGAUUUUCCUGGGUCUAAAUCCUGUGAUACUUUGGGUUUCCCUCGGGGUCCAUCUUCCUCAGGAAACAUAUCCCAGAGAAGGAAGGAGGAAGAGCCCCUCUCUCCCCAAGAGUCCUCAUUUCCCAGGAAGUCCUACAGGCUGAGGUCUAUAUGGGUUAUGUAACCACACAGCAUAGCCAGUGAUAACAUAGGAUGGCAGGGGAAUCAGUGCCUCCAGAGCUGGAGACACUGAUCCUAUCACUGAGACUCAUUACUGUGUGAUAUCAGGUAAAUUAUUUAUUUCUCUGGGUCUAGAAAUUUGUGAAAUGAGUGAGAUUUGACUUGGCCCCCGAUUUCCCUUCCAGUUCAAAAUCAGGGAUCUCCUCACUUAAAGCUAGAGCCCCAACUUCUAUAUUCUUCUGGCAGAAAGCAUUUGAGACUGGAGCUCCACAGGGAUUUAUGUCCAACCAUCAGAGGUGGAAAUGAUUUUAGACGCCCACCUGGUCUAGGGAAAGCGAUUAUUAUUAUUACUACUAUUAUUAAGCUCCUGCCAGACACCAGGUACUGAGCUAAGCAUGAGAGAUACAGAGAGAGUCAAAAGCCCUCCCCUGUUCUUAUCCACAUGUUCACAAUCUAAUCUACUGUUACCUUCUCAUUUUAGCAUUGGGAUUGAGAGAACAGUUGCCCUGGGUGGCUCAAUGGCUAGAGCACGGGCUCUGGAGUCAGGAGGACCCAAAUUCAAAUCCAGCCUCAGACACUUCCUAGCUGUGUGACCCUGAGCAAGUCACUUUAUCCUGUUUCCCUCAGUUUCCUCAUCUGUAAAGUGAGCUGGAGGAGGACAUGGCAAAUUACUGCAGUUUCUCUGCUGAGAAAAUCCCAGAUGGGGUCGGUCAUGACUGAAAACAACAAUAGUAAGAUCCCAGGACUUAAAUCCAAGCCCAGGGGACUUUGUACGGAGUCCUGCUAACUUUUUGGGAUUUGGAUGCUGGGAGGGAAUGGAACAAUGGCAGGGCUUUGGUAUUCCCCAAUAAAAUGAUUGUUGAAA